GGCCCGUCUUCGGAGUGUAUCGUGCAUGUAUUGUGCGCGCAUGUAUGUAUGACUGAAGCGGACCGAGUUCAUCCUAGACAGAUUCGCUGCUUCCAUCCUCGAUCGUCCUCGCUGGUUGUUGUUGUUGUUGUUGGUGGUGGUGGUGGGUUUUGCGGCCUCGCUCGUCCGCUGAUUGGUCUUCUGGGUAAGUGGCCCCAUCACCUCAGAGUCAUGAACGGUUAUCACGACUGAGAAGUGAGUGGCGAGUGGCCAGGUCUACUACCAAGGGAGGGUUGAUCGAUCCCAAGAUGGAGGCGGAUCCAGGCUCUCGGAAACAUAAGGAGGGUUAUGGCUAUGGCUAUUAUGGCUUCAACCGGAAGAGCUCGUUGGACCGACGUCGAGGCUCUUCUCACGGCGAGGAUGGCCAUGGAUCCUCGAGUACGAUCAUCCCUCCGUCCAUGCAGAAGCGACUCAAUUCCAUCUUCCGGGAGGUCGAGAAGGAGUUUGAGAACUUGUACUUGGAGAAUCUCCGUUUGCGCGAGAAGGUCGAUCUCUUGGAGCGGGUUCACAUGGCCGAAAAAGACAAGGACAAGGACACGGAUGAGCCGGAUGCGUUCGAGAAUGUCCUCAAGAGCUUCACCAAGAAAAAUGCCUUCAAAACUCGACACAAGUUGAAGGCCCACACCAGCAAGAUCGUGUCCAGUUUCAAGCCACCGCAGAUCAAUACCGCCCGUGUUCGGGAGUACAAGGGUCAUCGGGAUGGCAUUUGGGAUGUGGACGUCUCGAAAGUGGGUCACCCGCUGAUUGCCACGGCUUCGGCCGACAAAACCGCUCGUAUUUGGGGAAUUGAUUCCGGCAAAUGUCUGCUUAAUUAUACCGGACACGCCGGAUCCGUCAACUCGAUAAGUUUCCAUCCAUCCCAAGAUAUCGCCCUGACGGCCUCGGGUGAUGGCACGGCCCAUGUUUGGAAAGCAUCGGCCGUACCGGAUUUCACGCCUAGUGGAGCGGGUGGAUUCGGCCUCUCGAGUGAGGAAUCGGCCGCUGAUUCCAGUGAAGAUGAUCGAAGAACGAGCAAUCACCCUUCCGACCUGUCACGAUGCACCGCCGUGAAAACGCCCAUUAUCGCCCUCUCCGGUCAUCAGGGUGUGGUAAUUGGUUGCCAAUGGCUAGAUGAUGACUUAGCGGUAACGGCGGGUUGGGAUCGUGCAGCUCAUUUGUACAAUGUGGAAACGGGUGCCCUGAUGCAGACCUUAGUGGGACAUGACGCCGAGCUCACCCACGUGUCCUGCCAUCCGUCCAAGCGAUUAGUGGCCACGUGUAGCGUGGACACCACUUUUAGACUAUGGGAUUUCAGAGAGACCAUUCACUCCGUGUCAGUAUUUCAGGGUCAUACCGAAGCAGUCACUUCUACAGCCUUCAGCCGGACGGAUCAAAUUGUUUCGGGCUCCGACGACCGUUCGGUGAAAGUGUGGGAUUUGCGAAACAUGCGCGCGCCCGUCACGAGUAUUCAAGCUCCUUCCGCAGUCAACAGAUUGGCAGUCUCUCUUAAUGGAACUAUCGCUAUUCCGCAUGAUAAUCGACAAGUGGUGCUCUACGACCUUCAAGGUCAGAAAAUUAUACGCCUUCCCCGUGAUGCUUCGAAGCCUCACAACCUCAUGGUGACCUCCGUGUGCUGGGCUGCAGCCGAUAUUUCCGAAUCCUGGCGAUGCAAAGCUAAUCUCUUCUCGGCCGGGUUCGAUCGAAUUGCCUUGGGAUGGACGGUGCGACCCGCUAGCAAAGAUGAGAAAGAAGCCAAAUUCAAGGAGUAAUCGCCGCUUGAUGGAAGUAUCAAAACCCAUCAAAUCAACCGUCCCAAAUCGUUGCUCUGUUCGAAAUUUUAAGCCAAAUAAAUUCAUCACGACAUGGA